CCACCUUCGAGAUACAGCCCGAGGUUAGGUCGUCGUUUCCAGGGCGAGAUGGAGGAGUUUGUGAUUGGAGACACGCCUGUCGGCUUGUGGAACUUUGUCGAUGCUAUCGAGCUGCAGGGUGCUUAUGAGAGGAACGAACUAGCAACAAAGAGCUCGCUGACAUCGGUGCGCCUGGGAGGGGAGGGUUACAUCACCAUUGAUAGUCGCGCCUACAUCAUGCGAGAGAGAACCAGCAUCGGAUUCAAAUUCAAAACUGCCGCCAAAGAAGGUCUCAUGUUCUUGGCCUAUCAGGACUCCAACAAUUUCCUGUCUAUUGAACUGAGGGAGGGCAGGAUUCUGUACCAGUACAACUUGGGAGACGGAUUACUGACCCUGGCUUCAGACAAAACGUUCAACGAUGACGAAUGGCAUUCACUGGAGGCGAGUCGGUACCACAAGGACGGAGUCUUGAAGAUUGACGGAGAUGUCGUCACUAAGAACCAAUCACCCGGUUACAGUGAAAAUCUAGAGAUCUCGGAAGAUAUAUUUGUUGGAGGCUACCCAGGCUUCCAUAAGCUUCCCGAUGUGACAGAAAUGGACUUUGAUGGCUGUCUAGAUGAACUGCAGAUUGAUAGCACAGGAGUCGACAUGGUUUCAAGCAUUAAGAACGCUCAUGACAUGAAGCAAGGAUGUCCCAAGAAGUUCUCGGGAACAAUCUCGUUCGACGCCCGAGCACGCAGCUACGCGAAGGUGGCGUCGGUCCAGGCGGGCGACGAGGUGAUCCAGGUGAUUCUGCGCCUGAAGACAAUGACCAGCGACGGCGUGAUCGCAGUGGCCGUGGACGGCAGUGCGCAGGCGCAACUGCGCAUGCAACAUGGCGUCGUGGUGUGGUCGAGUGGGGGGGCCGAGGUGGCCACCAGUCAUCAGGUGAACCUGGCUGACGGUCAGUGGCAUGUGGUGGUCGCCACGCAUCAUCUCUUGCAACAGCAGCUGUCGUUGCAUGUCGACGACUAUGACAUGUUUGUUUCUGAGACGGCGCCGAAACCCAUCCGCCUCCUGCACCCGCACGUCUACCUGGGUGGUGUACCGUCGAGCGAGGACGCGGCAGCCGCCAUUGGGCCGCAGUUCAACGGGUGCCUUGGUGACGUCACCAUCAACGGCGAGGUCAUAAACUUCAGUCAGCUAACCGAGGUGCCUGGCACCACUGUGGGCAAGUGCCUCCUCGAGACGCCCAUCUUCAUCGUGCCCAAGCCGCCGCCUCCACCGCCUCCUGCCCUCGAGAAGCCUGAGGAAAAACCGGAAGAUAAGAGGCCUCCUGCUCCACCUCUCAUCACAGAUUCUGAAGAAAUCCUAGAACCAGAUGAAGUAUCCGAUUCACCAGACAUAGAAAUGUUACCAAACUGCCAGAUGAGCUGGAAAUCGUAGACGAAAUAAAUACAGCACCUCCUCCCACUCCUCUAC